AUGAAGAAACUGAGUAUAAGGAAGCUGAGGAUGAGGAAAAAGAGGAUGAAGAAAUUGAGGAUGAGGAAACAGGAUGAAGAAGCUGAGGAUGAGGAAGCUGAGGAUGAAGAAGUUGAGGAUGAGGAGACUGAGGAUGAAGAAGUUGAGGAUGAGGAAUCUGAGGAUGAGGAAACUGAAUAUAAGGAAGCUGAGGAUAAGGAAAAAGAGGUUGAGGAAACUGAGGAUGAGGAAGAUGAGGAAACUGAGGAUGAAGAAACUAAGUAUAAGGAAGCUGAGGAUGAGGAAAAAGAGGAUGAAGAAAUUGAGGAUGAGGAAACUGAGGAUGAAGAAGCUGAGGAUGAGGAAGCUGAGGAUGAAGAAGUUGAGGAUGAGGAGACUGAGGAUGAAGAAGUUGAGGAUGAGGAGACUGAGGAUGAAGAAGUUGAGGAUGAGGAGACUGAGGAUGAAGAAGUUGAGGAUGAGGAGACUGAGGAUGAAGAAGUUGAGGAUGAGGAGACUGAGGAUGAAGAAGCUGAGGAUGAGGAAUCUGAAUAUAAGGAAGCUGAGGAUAAGGAAAAAGAGGUUGAGGAAACUGAGGAUGAGGAAGAUGAGGAAACUGAGGAUGAAGAAACUAAGUAUAAGGAAGCUGAGGAUGAGGAAAAAGAGGAUGAAGAAAUUGAGGAUGAGGAAACUGAGGAUGAAGAAGCUGAGGAUGAGGAAGCUGAGGAUGAAGAAGUUGAGGAUGAGGAGACUGAGGAUGAAGAAGUUGAGGAUGAGGAGACUGAGGAUGAAGAAGUUGAGGAUGAGGAGACUGAGGAUGAAGAAGUUGAGGAUGAGGAGACUGAGGAUGAAGAAGUUGAGGAUGAGGAGACUGAGGAUGAAGAAGUUGAGGAUGAGGAGACUGAGGAUGAAGAAGUUGAGGAUGAGGAGACUGAGGAUGAAGAAGCUGAGGAUGAGGAAACUGAAUAUAAGGAAGCUGAGGAUAAGGAAAAAGAGGUUGAGGAAACUGAGGAUGAGGAAGAUGAGGAAACUGAGGAUGAAGAAACUGAGUAUAAGGAAGCUGAGGAUGAGGAAAAAGAGGAUGAAGAAAUUGAGGAUGAGGAAACUGAGGAUGAGGGAGCUGAGGAUGAGGAAGCUGAGGAUGAAGAAGCUGAGGAUGAGGAGACUGAGGAUGAAGAAGUUGAGGAUGAGGAGACUGAGGAUGAAGAAGUUGAGGAUGAGGAGACUGAGGAUGAAGAAGCUGAGGAUGAGGAAUCUGAGGAUGAGGAAACUGAAUAUAAGGAAGCUGAGGAUAAGGAAAAAGAGGUUGAGGAAACUGAGGAUGAGGAAGAUGAGGAAACUGAGGAUGAAGAAACUGAGUAUAAGGAAGCUGAGGAUGAAGAAAUUGAGGAUGAGGAAACUGAGGAUGAGGGAGCUGAGGAUGAGGAAGCUGAGGAUGAAGAAGCUGAGGAUGAGGAGACUGAGGAUGAAGAAGUUGAGGAUGAGGAGACUGAGGAUGAAGAAGUUGAGGAUGAGGAGACUGAGGAUGAAGAAGCUGAGGAUGAGGAAUCUGAGGAUGAGGAAACUGAAUAUAAGGAAGCUGAGGAUAAGGAAAAAGAGGUUGAGGAAACUGAGGAUGAGGAAGAUGAGGAAACUGAGGAUGAAGAAACUGAGUAUAAGGAAGCUGAGGAUGAGGAAAAAGAGGAUGAAGAAAUUGAGGAUGAGGAAACUGAGGAUGAGGGAGCUGAGGAUGAAGAAACUGAGGAUGUGGAAACUGAGGAUGAAGAAGCUGAGGAUGAGGAAGCUGAGGAUGAGGAAGCUGAGGAUGAGGAGGUUAUUUGUUGGAAGACCAUGAAGCUGUAA